CUUAUUUAAAAAAUAGAAGAUUUCUAGCUAAAUAUAAUAAAAACUUUGUAAUCUUUAAAGAACAAUAAUCGAUUAAGCUAGAAAGGGAUUUUUACGAGCAAACAAUUAGUCUUCUUUACGUCUUCGGUUCUUUCACGAUACAUUUCUUUGACUGUUUGCGGGAAUUUUGUGUGGAGGCAUACCUACUCUCGGUAAUAGUGCGAACCUCUGGCACGGCACGCCACGAUUAAAUCCACCGGUGCUAUUCCGCCUUCGUGCUACGUUCACGGCAGUUUUUCUCGAAUAGAAAGGCUAUUUCUUCGAUUCUUAGCCUUCCUACGAGGAUGGGAUUAGAAUCGGUACGGAGAAAACAUCCACUAGAAUAACAUAUUUAUCCGUCAAUGAGCGUCUACGCACUCGUACAAACCGGUUUCAAACUAGGAUGCUAUUUCCGAACGGUGUAGAAGUGUUUGACAAUAUUAUGGCAACGUAACUCGUCAGCAAAGUAUCUCUAUUCAAUUUUUACAAAAUUCACAUUAGUAUAAAUGGCAUAAUUUACCUCCCUGCACUUGUUACUCUUCCCUUUAUACAUUUUAUUGGAAAAUAUACUAAUAAUAUAGUUGAAAUUAUUUUAUUUCUUUUAUGAAAAUCUACCUUUAGAUAGAUCGCUGUAAAAUAACUAAAAUUCGGACAACGGGAUGAAUUUUGAGAUCCAAAAGGAUUUCUUCGGUCACUAAUGCCGAAGACCGCCAUUACGAUUCCCCUGGACGGGAUUCCUGAGCGAAAUGUGAGGCAAAUUCACGUUUCUCCUCUCCGUCGAGAGUCACGCUCGCGUCCUGACGUCAUUUUGCAGCAAUCCGGCCGCCACGUGACAGGUAUUUAAAUGUACCGUACAGAGAGCUACCCCCGCGACGCUGCCAUGCAACAAACAAGAGCGAUGCUCCUCCGCUCGGCCUUCUCUGGCGCGGCGUCGCGACUCGCUCUCGAGUGUCUCCUCCACCUUUUCCUGCGCCUACGUUCACGGCUGCCUCCUUUUCUCUCUCCUGCGUUCCGCCACGAAGGAGAGAAGAAGGCACUCUUUCUCAGGUAAUGCGCGCCGUUCACCUGGGCGUAGAGAGAGAGAGAGUCCGGUUCUUCAGUCUCGUAGCGGCGGGCCGGAGGGAAGGAGCUCCGUGACCCUGAGGACAAUUCCCAGGUCUUUUACUCUGUUCUCUCUUCCUUGCCAUUCUUCUCGUCGCGAAUUCGGUACCAGACGUCUCGCGCUUCCUUCCUCUCUUCGUCGUCGUAUUCCGGCCUCGUGGAACGCGCUAUCGCUAUCGGCGGCCUGUGUCCGCGCGCCGCGUGAGUUCAGUUCAGUUCCGUUCCGUUUUGUGAAGUGAAUUGUCUUCGGCGGAUCGUGGACGGACUUUCAGUGGUGUACAUGUACCCUGGGACUAGAAUCUCACCGUAGAACGUAGGGAAAAUCAACGAAUAUGCUGAUAAGAGAAUUGGCGACCGUUUGGGUCGCCGUCCUCUUGUGCCAUCUUCAGCUAACGGAGUCUCAGGUUCCUACCACAAAUGUCUUCACCUGUCCAAACGGAUGGGAGCUGCGAGGCAUACACUGUUAUAAAUUCUUCAACAUCAGGCAUUCUUGGGAAAAAGCGGCGGAAUUAUGCAGGAGAUAUGGGAGCGAGCUGAUGGUGGUGGAGUCAUACAGCGAGAACAACAUGUCAGCAAACAUGAUCGGCCGGCAUUUGGAUCGUUACUGGCUAGGUCUCGCUUCGCUCGACGAUUUACGUACCAACACGCUCGAAUCCGCCGCGGGAAUGCUCGUCUCGCAAUACGCCGGUUUCUGGGCGUCCAGGCAACCGAAUCCGCACUCAGGCGAAUGCGUGGACGUCGCCUUGACGGAUGACCGGCAAACGUGGGAAUUGACCACGUGCGAGUCGCUUCUUCCUUUCAUGUGUCGUGCCGACGCCUGUCCUUCCGGUUCGUUCCACUGCUCGAACGGCAAGUGCAUUAACGCCGCGUUCAAAUGCGACAAGCAGGACGACUGCGGCGAUUACUCCGACGAAUUGGACUGUCCGGCUAACUGCCAGUAUUAUAUGGCGAGCAGCGGCGACGUCGUGGAGAGUCCAAAUUACCCGCAUAAAUAUGCACCCCUCAGCAAUUGCAAGUGGACGCUGGAGGGCCCUCAAGGACACAAUAUUCUCCUGCAGUUCCAAGAAUUCGAGACCGAGAAGAGUUUCGACAUAGUGCAGAUCCUCGUAGGCGGUAGAACCGAGGAGAAGUCCGUAAAUCUGGCGACCCUUUCCGGCAAGCAGGAUCUCAGCAAUAAACUUUUCGUCUCGGCGUCAAACUUCAUGAUCAUAAAAUUCAGCAGCGACGCCUCGGUGGAGAGGAAGGGCUUCCGCGCCUCGUGGAAAACCGAACCGCAGACUUGCGGCGGAAUCCUUAGAGCAACGCCGCAAGGCCAAGUGCUCAUGUCCCCGGGAUAUCCGCAGAAUUAUCCCGGAGGAUUGGAGUGCCUGUAUAUCUUGCAGGCUCAGCCGGGACGCAUAAUGUCUCUGGAAAUCGAGGACUUGGAUCUCGAAAUGAAUCGAGAUUACAUUCUUGUGAGGGACGGGGAUUCACCUAUGAGCCGACCGAUCGCACGUCUCACCGGGAAAUCGGAGAACAAUCCGACAGUAAUCAUGUCCACCGGAAACAAUUUGUACUUGUAUUUCAAAACUAGUCUCGGCGAUUCCAGACGCGGUUUCAGCAUUCGCUUCACGCAGGGUUGCAAAGCCACGAUCAUCGCGAGAAACGGAACCGUUCAAUCGCCGUCCUACGGUCUCAACGAGUAUCCUAAUAACCAGGAGUGUUUGUACAGAAUCAAAAAUCCAGACAGAGGACCGCUUUCUCUGAAAUUCGUCACUUUCAACGUUCACAAAACUGACUACGUGCAGAUAUACGACGGCUCCAAUACGAACGGUCUACGCUUGCAUCCCGGAAGUGGUUUCACCUCUAACACUCGACCUAAGAUCACGCUUACCGCGGAAAGUGGAGAAAUGCUCGUUAGGUUUGCCUCCGAUGCUCUGCACAGCAGCGCGGGCUGGCAGGCCGAGUUUUCUGCCGAUUGCCCUGCAUUACAACCCGGCGAGGGAGCUUUAGCGUCGAGUCGGGACACAGCUUUCGGCACAGUAGUUACAUUCUCUUGCCCAUUAGGGCAAGAGUUCGCCACAGGCAAAUCGAGGAUUGCCACGGUAUGUCUCCCCGGGGGUAACUGGUCGGUUACGUAUAUUCCUAAAUGCCAAGAGGUGUACUGCGGCCCCGUACCUCAAAUCGAUAACGGAUUCUCGAUUGGCUCUUCGAACGUUACUUACCGAGGACUGGCGACUUAUCAGUGUUACGCGGGAUUCGCGUUUCCUUCCGGAAGACCAACGGAGAAGAUUUCUUGUCUGGCUGAUGGAAGAUGGGAAAAGAAACCGUCCUGUUUAGCAUCUCAAUGCGCUCCGUUGCCAGAGGCACCUCACUCCAACAUAACUAUCUUGAACGGAGGCGGUCGAAGUUAUGGCACGAUUGUCAGAUUCGAGUGCGAACCUGGUUAUGUUCGAAGCGGACAUCCCGUCAUUCUUUGCAUGAGCAACGGUACCUGGUCCGACGAAGUACCAACAUGUUCACGUGCCAAAUGUCCGCUACUACCUACAAUUAAAAAUGGAUUUGUUGUUGAUAUUGGCAAAGAUUACUUCUUCGGCGAUGAAGUUAGGGUGCAAUGCAAUAGAGGCUACAAGCUAACUGGAUCAAAUAUCAUACAAUGCGGUCCUUAUCAACGAUUUGAUAAUGUGCCAACCUGCGAAGAUAUAAAUGAAUGCACAUCGAGCCAGUGCGAUCUAGCGUCCACAGAGUGCAUAAACAAUCCCGGUGCGUUUACUUGCAAGUGCAAGCCGGGCUUUGCACCGACCAUGGAGUGUCGGCCUAUCGGCGAUCUUGGUCUCAUCAAUGGCGGCAUUCCCGACGAGUCGAUCACGGUUUCAAGCUCGGAAAAUGGAUAUACAAAAACCGGUAUUCGUUUGAACAACGGUGACGGAUGGUGCGGCAACAACAUCGAGCCGGGCGCGAACUGGGUGACGAUCGACAUGAAAGCGCCGACAAUCAUUCGUGGAUUCCGCACACAAGUCGUAGCCAGGAUCGACGGGAACAUCGCGUACGCGUCGGCCGUGCGGAUUCAGUAUACGAACGAUCUGACGGACAUCUUCAAGGAUUACACCAAUCCAGAUGGUACGCCGGUGGAAUUCAGAAUUUUGGAGGCGACGCUUUCCAUCCUGAAUCUACCUGUACCAAUCGAGACGCGCUACGUGAGAUUCAGAAUACAGGAUUACAUCGGGGCACCGUGUAUGAAACUAGAGAUAAUGGGCUGCACCAGAUUGGAGUGUUCGGACAUUAAUGAGUGCGCUAUCAGGAACGGUGGCUGCCAUCAGAAGUGCAUUAACAGUCCCGGCAGCUAUUCCUGCAUGUGCAACACGGGCUUUGAACUGUACAAGAGCAAUGGCACGGCCGGAUUCAACCUGGUGAAGUCAGAAACUGGCGAGAGGGAUGGGGAUUUGUAUCAGAGAAAUAAAACGUGCGUGCGAGUGAUGUGCCCGCCGCUAACGGCGCCAGAAAAUGGAAAAUUAUUGUCAACCAAGGAGCAGCAUCACUUUGGCGAACUCAUCAGAUUCCAGUGCAAUUUUGGUUACGUUUUAUCUGGAUCUUCUGCUGUAAUUUGUACGUCUGCCGGAGUCUGGAACGGGACCAUUCCCGAAUGUCAAUACGCGAAAUGUGUAUCUCUGCCGGACGAUAAAAACGAGGGUCUCACCGUGAUCCGAAACGACGAGGCCAGCGUGCUGGUACCCUUCAAGCAGAACGUCACUCUGAAAUGCGGUAGCAACGGCCGCUAUUUGCGCAACACCAUGACGUCCAAUUUCCGACAGUGCGUGUACGAUCCCAAACCCGGCUUGCCCGAUUACUGGCUGUCCGGUUUGCAGCCGUCUUGUCCCCGCGUGGAUUGCGGCAAGCCGCUUCCCACGCCCGGCGCCGAGUACGGCCAGUACCUGGACACCAAGUAUCAAUCCUCGUUCUUCUUCGGCUGUCAAGAUACCUUCAAAUUGGCCGGUCAGACCAAUCGCAACGACAACGUCGUGCGCUGUCAGGCGAACGGCGUUUGGGACUUUGGCAACCUGCGAUGCGAAGGUCCGGUCUGCGAGGAUCCCGGCAGGCCGAGCGACGGUUAUCAAGUGGCGCGUAGCUACGAGCAGGGCUCGGAGGUACAAUUCGGCUGCAACAGGCCUGGCUACAUCCUCAUCAGUCCGCGACCGAUCGUCUGCAUUCGCGAGCCCGAGUGCAAGGUCAUCAAACCUCUCGGUCUAGCCUCCGGACGCAUCCCGGACUCGGCGAUAAACUCCACCUCCGAGAGACCGAACUACGAGGCCAGGAACAUCCGGCUGAACUCGGUGACCGGCUGGUGCGGCAAGCAGGAGGCCUUCACCUACGUCAGCGUCGAUCUCGGUCGCGUCUAUCGAGUGAAGGCGAUCCUCGUGAAGGGCGUGGUCUCCAAUGACAUCGUCGGCAGACCCACCGAGAUCCGUUUCUUCUACAAGCAGGCGGAGAACGAGAAUUACGUCGUCUACUUCCCGAAUUUCAAUCUGACUAUGCGCGAUCCCGGAAAUUACGGCGAACUGGCGAUGAUCACACUGCCCAAGUACGUGCAGGCCCGCUUCGUGAUCCUCGGUAUCGUCAGCUACAUGGACAACGCCUGUCUGAAGUUCGAGCUUAUGGGAUGCGAAGAACCAGCGAACGAACCGUUGUUGGGUUACGAUUACGGAUUCUCGCCCUGUGUGGACAACGAGGCACCGGUCUUCCAGAACUGCCCGCAACAACCGAUAGUCGUGCAAAAAGGUGCCAACGGGGAGCUUCUGCCGGUGAACUUCACGGUGCCAACUGCCAUCGACAACAGCGGCAGUAUCGCCCGAGUUGAAGUCAGGCCUCCGAGUUUCAAAACCCCCAUUCGAAUCUUCGAGGACACGUUCGUGAAAUAUAUAGCUUUCGAUUACGAUGGCAAUGUAGCUAUUUGCGAGAUCAACAUCACUGUUCCAGAUAUAACUCCACCGAAGCUGAGCUGUCCUCAGAGCUACGUUAUCGAACUGAUCGACCGACAAGAGAGUUACUCCAUUAAUUUCAAUGAGACACGAAAACGCAUCAACGCCACGGACGCGUCCGGUCCUGUGAAAAUCACUUUCGUACCGGAACGUGCGAUGAUUCGAAUCGGUGAUUUCGAAAACGUCACGGUAUACGCAACGGACUCCAGCGGCAACAGAGCGACUUGUCACUUCCAAGUUUCGGUCCAAGCGACACCCUGCGUCGAUUGGGAACUGAAACCGCCGGCUAAUGGCGGUAUACAGUGCGUCCCCGGAGACAAAGGACUGCAAUGCAUAGCGACCUGCAAGGCCGGGUACAGAUUCACCGAUGGUUCGCCCGCAAAAACGUUCGGGUGUGACGUUAACAAACGGUGGUUACCCUCGUCGGUGGUGCCCGACUGCGUUUCCGAAAACACGCAACAGGCCGAUUAUCAUGUAAUUGCCUCGGUAACUUAUCGCGCGAACGGCGCCGUUCCUCGAUCCUGUCUACCGAUGUACCAGGAUCUCAUGGCUCAGCAUUACACAAAUCUUAACACUAUUUUAACUCAACGCUGCUCCGCUGUCAAUGUGAAUAUGAACGUGUCUUUCGUCAGAUCGAUGCCUUUCUUGAUCGAAGAGAAUGUUCUCAAGAUGGACUUUGUUUUGGUGAUCGUCCCGGCACAACGUCAACCGCAAUUGUACGAUUUUUGUGGUUCCACGUUGAAUCUGAUCUUCGAUUUAUCGAUCCCUUACGCGAGCGCAGUUAUCGAGCCUCUGUUGAACGUUUCCGCGAUUGGUAAUCAAUGCCCGCCUCUCCGUGCUCUUCAAUCGUCCAUCAGUAGGGGCUUUACAUGCAGCAUUGGUGAAGUAUUGAACAUGGAUACCAACGACGUUCCCCGUUGCCUGCAUUGUCCUGCUGGAACCUUCGCCGGAGAGAAGCAGAAGCAGUGCACAGCCUGCCCGAAGGGCUUCUAUCAGAACAGCGACCGGCAAGGUUCCUGCUUGCGCUGUCCGUUCGGCACGUAUACAAAGGAGGAAGGAUCGAAGAGCAUAGACGAUUGCAUACCGGUCUGCGGUUACGGAACGUACUCGCCUACCGGUCUCGUGCCUUGCCUCGAGUGCCCCAGAAACAGCUACACCGGCGAACCGCCGAUCGGAGGCUACAAGGACUGUCAAACCUGUCCAGCUGGAACGUUCACUUACCAACCAGCCGCGCCCGGUCGUGAUCGUUGCCGCGCCAAGUGUUCGCCGGGCAUGUAUUCGGAUACGGGACUCGCACCUUGCGCUCAGUGUCCCAAGAACUUCUUCCAGCCUCAGCACGGCGCGACCACGUGCGUCGAGUGUCCCACAAACAUGUAUACGGACGGACCUGGUUCGGUCGGCCGCGAGGAGUGCAAGCCUGUCCAGUGCACCGACAACGUAUGUCAGCACGGCGGUCUCUGCGUGCCAAUGGGACACGGUAUACACUGCUUAUGUCCAGCCGGCUUCUCUGGAAGACGCUGCGAGAUCGAUAUCGAUGAGUGCGCGUCUCAGCCAUGCUACAAUGGUGCCACUUGCAUAGAUCUGCCGCAAGGCUACAGGUGUCAAUGCGCCAACAGCUAUUCUGGCAUCAAUUGCCAAGAAGAGAAAUCGGAUUGCGCGAACGACACGUGUCCGGAAAGAGCCAUGUGCAAGGACGAGCCUGGAUUUAAUAAUUACACGUGUCUCUGUCGAUCCGGAUACACUGGAGUCGAUUGCGACAUCACUAUAAAUCCUUGUACGGCUAGCGGAAAUCCUUGCAAUAACGGUGCUACUUGCAUAGCUCUUCAGCAGGGUCGUUACAAGUGCGAUUGUUUGCCAGGGUGGGAAGGUCAAAGCUGUGAGAUCAAUACCAAUGAUUGCGCCGAGCGACCUUGUCUGCUCGGUGCCAAUUGCACCGAUCUGGUCGCCGAUUUCUCCUGCGACUGCCCGCCAGGAUUUACCGGCAAACGCUGCCACGAGAAAAUCGAUCUCUGCUCGGGCAAUCCUUGCUUGAAUGGAAUUUGCGUGGACAAGCUCUUCAGCCACGAGUGCAUCUGCCAUCCGGGAUGGACAGGCGUGGCCUGCGAGACAAACAUCAAUGAGUGCGCGUCUCGGCCGUGCCGAAACAAUGGUCAAUGCAUCGAUCAGAUCGACGACUAUACCUGCACGUGCGAGCCUGGUUAUACGGGCAAGCAGUGCCAACACACGAUUGACGAUUGCGCGUCGGAUCCUUGUCAAAACGGGGCUACAUGCAUAGAUCAGCUACAGGGCUUCGUCUGCAGGUGCAGACCCGGCUUCGUUGGGCUGCAGUGCGAGGCGGAAAUCGACGAAUGUCAGAGCGAUCCUUGCAAUCCGGUCGGCACCGAUCGCUGCAUAGAUCUCGACAACACCUUCGUCUGUCACUGUCGAGACGGCUACACCGGGCCGUCCUGCGAGAUCAACAUAGACGAUUGCGCGUCCGAUCCGUGCCUGAACGGCGCGACGUGCAGAGACGAGGUCGGUGGUUUCAAGUGCGUAUGCCCGGAGGGAUGGAGCGGCGUGUAUUGCCAAAUGGACGUUGGCAUGUGCCUGAAUCGACCUUGCCAGAACGACGCCGCCUGCGUGGAUUUGUUCAUGGACUACUUCUGCGUCUGCCCAUCCGGAACCGAUGGCAAACAAUGUGAAACGGCGCCGGAACGCUGCAUCGGAAAUCCGUGCAUGCACCAAGGCCGCUGUCAAGAUUUCGGUUCUGGCUUGAAUUGUACUUGCCCUAACGAUUACACCGGCAUCGGCUGUCAAUACGAGUAUGACGCCUGCCAAGCCGGCGCUUGCAAAAAUGGAGCAACUUGUAUCGACGAAGGUCCCGGAUUCACCUGCAUAUGCCCUCCGGGAUAUACUGGUCAAACUUGCGAAGAAGAUAUAAUCGAUUGCAAAGAAAAUUCUUGCCCACCAUCAGCAACUUGUAUCGAUCUCACGGGCAAAUUCUUCUGCCAGUGUCCAUUCAACUUAACUGGCGACGAUUGCAGGAAAUCUAUCCAAGUGGACUACGACUUGUAUUUCAGCGAUCCAGGACGCAGCAGCGCUUCGCAGGUCAUUCCAUUCUUCACUGGCUCCACGAAGAGCUUAACUGUCGCUAUGUGGGUGCAGUACACGCAGAGAGACGAAGCUGGAAUUUUCUUUACUCUUUAUGGCGUUAGCUCGCCACACGUUCCAACGAACCGAAGACUUAUGAUCCAGGCGCACAGUAGCGGUGUUCAGGUAUCUCUCUUCCACGACCUGCAAGACGUCUACCUGCCAUUCAGAGAAUACGCGACCAUAAAUGACGGACAAUGGCAUCACGUCGCUGUUGUGUGGAAUGGUGAAAAUGGCGGAGAGCUCAUUUUAAUCACAGAAGGCCUCAUUGCUAGCAAGACUGAGGGCUACGGCAGUGGCAGAUCACUCCCAGCAUACGCGUGGGCGGUGUUAGGAAAACCACCGAGCGAAAAUACGAAGAGUUAUACGGACUUGGGCUUCCAAGGCCAUUUGACCAAGGUGCAAGUCUGGGGCCGUGCGUUGCACGUGACGAACGAGAUUCAGAAGCAAGUUCGCGACUGCCGCACGGAACCGGUUCUCUAUCAGGGUCUGGUGCUGACGUGGGCGGGAUACGACGAAACCGUGGGUGGUGUCGAGAGAGUCGUACCUUCGCACUGCGGACAGCGAGUGUGUCCGCCCGGUUACGGUGGUAACAAAUGUCAGCAACUCGAGGCUGACAAGAUCCCACCCAGAGUGGAGCACUGUCCGGGCGAUCUUUGGGUAAUCGCGAAGAACGGAUCGUCGAUCGUCACCUGGGACGAGCCGCAUUUCAGCGACAACGUCGGCGUCAUUAGGGUCCAGGAGAAGAACGGACACCGAUCCGGACAGACUCUGCUGUGGGGCACCUAUGACCUCAGCUACGUGGCUUAUGAUCAUUCCGGAAACUCGGCCACUUGCAACUUCAAAGUUUACGUGUUGUCCGACUUUUGCCCGACAUUGGAGGAUCCUAUCGGUGGCACACAACAAUGCAAGGACUGGGGUUCGGGAGGCCAGUUUAAAGUCUGCGAGAUUUCUUGCAAUGCCGGACUUCGGUUCUCGCAAGAGGUUCCCAAAUUCUACACGUGUGGUGCAGAAGGCUUCUGGAGACCCACCAGUGAUCCUAGUCUACCUUUGGUGUAUCCAGCUUGUACGAGUGCUACGUCAGCCCAAAGAGUCUUCAGGAUUAAGAUGAACUUCCCCACAUCGGUGCUCUGCAACGAGGCCGGCCAGGGUGUACUCAAACAGAAAGUUCGAAAUGCCGUGAACUCUUUGAACAGAGACUGGAAUUUCUGUUCGUACUCUUACGAAGGAACUCGCGAGUGCAAGGAUCUUGAUAUCGAUGUACAAUGCGAUCAUCGCAUACGCGCAACGAGAGAAACGAACGAGGAGGACGGUGGAACGUACGUCGUUUCCGCCGCUGUGCCCGCGGAACCAACGAGAAAGGGUCGCCAGGGCAGUGACACCUACGAGGUGGAGAUCUCAUUCCCGGCGAUAAACGAUCCGAUCCUGAAUGCUAACUCAAACGAGCGCGCUACCGUACAAAUGUUGCUCGAAAAACUGAUCCUCGAGGAGGACCAAUUCGACGUCCACGACAUUCUGCCUAACACCGUGCCAGAUCCCGCAUCUCUCGUUCUGGAAUCCGACUAUGCCUGUCCGAUUGGCCAAGUUGUCAUGGCACCGGAUUGUGUACCAUGCGCGGUGGGCACUUUCUAUGACGAAGAGACGAUGCAAUGCAUAUCCUGCCCCGUGGGUACCUAUCAGAGCGAAUCCGGGCAAUUAAGAUGCAGUUCCUGUCCGGUGAUCGCCGGUCGUCCCAGCGUGACCGUGGGUCCUGGAGCGCGUAGCGCAGCGGACUGCAAGGAGCGUUGUCCUGCCGGCAAAUACUACGACGACGUGGCCGGUCUUUGUCGCAACUGCGGCCAUGGAUUCUAUCAGCCGAACGAGGGUAGCUUCUCCUGCCUGCUGUGCGGCCUCGGAAAGACCACAAGAACCUCCGAGGCGGUGUCGCGAGAAGAAUGCCGGGACGAGUGCGGAUCCGGGCAGCAGUUGGCCGUCGAAGGGAAAUGCGAGCCUUGCCCGCGUGGCACGUACCGAACUCAAGGGGUGCAGGCAUCCUGCCAAUCCUGCCCGCUCGGCAGAACGACCCCGAACAUGGGAUCGGCGGCGAUCGAGGAAUGCUCGCUUCCGGUCUGCGAACCCGGAACUUACCUCAACGGCACCCUCAACGAGUGCGUGGAGUGUAAGAAGGGAACCUAUCAAUCGGAACCGCAGCAAACCUUCUGCAUUCCGUGCCCGCCGAACACCAGCACGAAAGGAUCCACUGCUACAAGCAAAGCGGACUGCACGAAUCCGUGCGAGACCAGUGGCGAGGAAAUGCAUUGCGACGCGAAUGCGUACUGUCUACUUAUACCUGAGACGAGCGACUUCAAGUGUGAGUGUAAGCCCGGGUACAACGGCACCGGAACCGUGUGCACAGACGUGUGUCUGGGCUACUGCGACAACGAGGGCGUCUGCCUGAAGGACUCGCGCGGGCAACCCUCGUGUAGAUGCAGCGGCAGCUUCACGGGCAAACAUUGCACGGAGAAGUCCGAGUUCUUCUACAUCACCGGUGGCAUAGCGGGAGGCGUUAUUCUGAUAAUUAUCGUGGUGCUGCUCGUCUGGAUGAUUUGCGUCAGAGCCUCUAGAAAGAAGGAGCCGAAGAAGAUGCUUACUCCAGCGACCGACCAAAACGGCUCGCAAGUCAAUUUCUACUAUGGUGCGCCGACACCGUAUGCCGAAUCGAUAGCACCAUCACACCACAGCACGUACGCUCAUUAUUACGACGACGAGGAGGAUGGCUGGGAGAUGCCCAAUUUCUAUAACGAAACUUACAUGAAAGAGAGCCUGCACAACGGAGGCAAGAUGAACAGUCUUGCUCGAUCGAACGCCAGUAUUUACGGCACAAAAGACGAUCUUUACGACAGACUGAAGCGUCACGCGUAUACCGGUAAAAAAGAUAAGAGCGACAGCGACAGCGAAGGCCAGUGACCGGGUAGAACAAUGACUUUCACGCCAACGUAGAAUAUGAAAAAGCGGGAGAUAUCAGUGUAAUCAGACGGGGCGACGACGGUAUAUACUCAUCCUUCGAGCGACACGUCGUCGUCGUUGCUCCUCGACCGAUCGACGGAUCAUGUUAUUUAUUACAGUACCAUUCUGUACGGCGUACGUCGCGCGAGAUCCGCGAUCGCGCGACCGGACGUGCUGAUGUGUGGAAAAGGCGAGAGAGGAGCCCGAUCGGAAAUCGCGAGAUCUCGCGUCGACGCAAGAGAUGUGCUUCGAUCGACACAACUUGGCGAGCGACGCAAGAGUCCUGGAACGACGAUCGGCAGAUCGUGCCACCGAUCGUCGCUUCGGCACGCGUCCAGAUAAAUUCGAGGCGCGCCAGAAAGCCGCAAAAGAAAGAAAGAAAAAAACGAAAUGGGAUCCGUCCGCCCUUCGAAGUGAAAUUCGAUGCGUGUUCAAUGAUUAAAGAGACUUUACGCGCGAGGUUGUAUUUUUUUGUAAUUUAAUAGAACGUUAAGGAUCAAUCCAACACACCACACCAUCGUCCCCUCUUCCAUCCUUAUUCCCCUCUUUUGUAUUAACUCAUACGAUCGACGUGCGUACGUGAGAGAAACUGUGUGCUUGUAUAUUAAUAUAACUAUACGUACGUGGAUUUAUAUUUUGUUACUCGGAAGGUAUACGCAUCACGUUGUAAUAUAAAUAGUGUGCGGGCGCGCGCGACCAGCGCAACGGGGCAAUUCGACGAGAUUCCGAAUUUGAUUUAAGUGACUGGAAAAAAAAGAAGUUAAAGAGGGAGAAGGAAAGUCUCGUGGAAAUCCCCGCCAACCCCCAAGAAGACCGGUUCAUUCGCGAUGACGACCAAAAAGCAUUGGGAAAUAUUCAUAUAGUGUAUCCUUUCACGUGACGAGAUAAUCUCUCUAAAGAACCGGAAACGUGUAAAGUCGCCGGGUGUGACAAUUAACGAUGACCUCUGUGCCUGCGCGACGAGCGUGCACCAAACGAUGCCUACCACGCUGUUUUUCAUUUAUGUUGUAAAAACUUUAACAAAUAGUUGUUUUUUUUAUUAAUAA